CGCGCUGCCUCACUGACACACACAGUGUGUGUGUCAUGGGUGGAUCUUAUAAGGUUUCACACACACCUGAUUCACAGCCUGAGCUGCUGCUGCUACCUGUAUGAAGAACAGAAGUUUCACCUGAAGAUCAUGAGUUUACCGGACUAUAAAUCUCCUGGGAAACAGUCCUCAGCACCUGUACAGUCGAAAUCUCAAAUUGUGCAGCUGAACAUUGGAGGUCAUGUUUUCAGCACCACCCUGGGAACCAUCCGUAAAUUCCCAAACUCCACAUUGGCAGACCUGCUUAAUGGAUCAGUCAAACGGAUGGACUCUGAGGGCCGUCACUUCAUAGACCGCAAUGGGACUUAUUUCGGGUACGUCCUCGAGUACCUCCGAACGGAGAAGAUUCCCACCGAACACCUGCAGGAGGUGCAUAAGGAGGCGCUUUACUACGACAUCAAACCUCUGGUCAAAGCCAUCGAGGACACGCCGCAGUUCUUCGGAGAGACAGUCGGGAGACAGCAGUUUUUAGCCCGUGUGCCGAAUUACCGUGAAAACCUGGAGGUGAUUGUGCGGGUGGCCAGAGCCGAGGCCAUCGCCUCACGCUACUCCAACAUAAUCGUGUGCGUUGUGAAGACAGAAGAUGAUUUAGCCAGAUACAACGAUUCUAUUGACAGCCUCGGCACCCAGAGACACUCCGUGGUGAGCUUUGGUCCGUGGAAAGCUCCCGCAUCGGUGGAAGAUCUGCUAGAUUGCAUCAAAAUGGACAUAGAGGCCAAAGGAUAUAAAGUACAAAUCAAACCACACAGCAUAGACAAAGGGUUUCUCUUCAAAAGCUACGACUUCUUCUAUAAAUUGAUUUUCACUUGGUGGUGAAGAACCCACCCUCAUGACCUGGAAAUGAGGAUUUAAAAAGUGAAAAAAGUUUUUAUAUAUUAUAUAAUCAGCUUAUCAAUGAGAUAAGACAUUAACAGCUUCUGUUCCUAUAGCAGAUGCACCCAUAUGACAGAUGUCAAUCAUGUAUACUAGUGUUCUUAUCUGUCAGUAUAUGUUAAACCCUUGUUUAAUAUUGACUUGAGUUUUACAGUCCUGGCUUUUGGAUUAACAUAGCUUUUGCACAAAAGUGCCUGAAAGUUUUAAAAGAAUAUUCUGGUUCAUUGCAUGCUUUGGAUUGCAACAGAAUAUUAUUUUGUCUAGAUUCUGUGUACAGAAAUGCACUUAAAAUAAUGUGUGUAAAUGCAUAUUUUAUUUGCAUCAUGGAUGCUGCAGCCAUUCAUUUGCUUUUGCACCAUUCUAUGCAUUUUUGUGCAUGCAGCUUUUAACAUUAAUGCAUUUGGCUAAUGCAUUUAUCUGAAAUGUCUUGCAUUGUAUUUAAGGUAUGCAUUCCCAAAGCAUUCUAUAAGAAUGUGGAAACAGGUCGACUUCAUAUACCAACAUUGUUAUCCUCAAUUUGUGCCAUGCAAAUGUCUGUUUUAACCUUGUACAGCAUGUGUUUAUUAUAUGCUUUUUUUUUUUUUUUUUUUUAAAUGAAUCCUUACCCUGUGCUGAUCAUUAAAGAUGCAAAAUAACAUUAAGAGCAAUGUGCCACUUCCAGCAAAAUAGCUGUUGUAGUUUAUUACAUCAUAAAUGUUAAUGGAAAGCAGGAUAAAAUGCAAAAAGAAAAGAAGAAUGAUGUAUUUUAGUUGGUCCUUGAGAUUGUACCUCGAAGAGAAAUUUAAAAUUUGUACACUAAAGCUGCUGUUCUAGUUCAA